ACGCAGAGCCGAACCCGGAAGAGAGCACGGAUCACACACAGCAGCUUGUCCCUCUUAGUGGCGAUGCUAAACCUCGGAGCUGUCUUCCCGCCCCACCUGGGAUGGAUUUAGAAGAGGCGCUUCAGGUAGUUGGCGAGUUUGGACCCUACCAGAAGCGGGCGGUGGCUAUCCUCCUUCUGACACAGGUGUAUAUGGCCUGUCAGUCCAUGCUGAUUGUCCUGAUCGGAUCUACACCACAUUAUCGGAUCGAGCAGCAGGACGUCGUCCCAUCCAGCCAGCAGGAGCUCAUCCAACCUGUCACCUUUACAGAAGACAUUGACUCCAUAGUGACCGAGUGGUUUCUCAUCAAGCAGCAGGCCUACAAGGUCAGUCUGGCUGGAUCGCUCUUCUUCGCAGGGCUUCUGGUCGGAAACAUCGUCUUUGGGCCGCUCUCAGACAGGAUUGGGAGGAGACCUGUCUACUUGACAGGUCUGUUUUUUGAGGUAAUCUUUGGUUAUGUGACCGCCUUCGCUCCCAGCUAUGAGGUCUUUGCCGUGUCCCGUCUCCUAGUGGGGCUGAUGAACGGCGGCAUCGGCCUCGUGUGUUUCGUUCUAACUCAGGAGUACGUGGGCAAGUCCUACUGGGCCAUGACCGGGACUUUGACCAGCAUGACUUUUGCCAUUGGUAUCGCCCUGUUUGGAGCUUUGGGCUACUUCAUCCAGCCCUGGAGGAGCCUGGCUGCUGCGGCCAACUCAUCCGGGGUCCUGUUCUUCCUGCUGUCAGUCACUCUCCCAGAGUCUCCUCGUUGGCUGUACUGUCAGGGUCAAACUCAGCAAGCUGAAGAGGUCCUUCGCUACAUAGGGCUAAGAAACGGCAAUGCCGCUAAGAACCUAGUGUUGCAGCGAAUCACCACUGCUAAGGCUGGUAACCAUGACAACAGGGGAGCAGGUGUCCUACAGCUGGUGCUCCAUCCUGUCCUCCGACAGAGGACCAUGGUGCUCAUGUAUGUCUGGUAUGCAUGCAGUCUGGUGUACUAUGGUCUGACUCUAGGAGCCAGUGAGAUGUCUGGUAGCCGGUAUAUGAAUGUAGCCAUGUACGGCCUGGUGGAGCUGCCCGCCUACCCCCUCUGCAUAUACUUCAUCAACAAACACUGGGCUGGCAGGAGGAAAAGCAUGGCUAGUUUCUUGUGUCUGGCCGGCUCUGCCUGCCUCUGUACCAUGUUCAUCCCUGAAAACACAGAGACGUUAGUGAGCGUGACAUCGUUGGCUUUGUUGGGAAAACUGAUGGUCAGUGCAGCUUUCAACAUCGUCUACAUCUACACCUCUGAACUCUACCCGACAGUAAUCAGGAACGCAGGUUUGGGCGUGUGCUCCAUGUCGUGCAGAGUUGGAGGGAUCCUUGCACCAUUUGUUCCCUCUAUGCGGGCUCUCCACACCUCUAUGCCCUUCACUGUGUUCUGUCUGAGUGGUCUGUCUGCGGGCUGCGUGGGCCUCCUGCUGCCUGAAACACUCGACAAACCUUCCGCGGAGACGCUGGAGGAGCUCAGCAGCCCGACGCCCAACCGAGUGCUGGAGAGCAAGGCUCUUUUAUAUGAGGAUGACAAAUGGAAAUCAAACUUCAAAUGAAGCCAGCUUGAACACAACUCAUUCCGACUGCACCUGUUGCCUCAAAAUGAUGAACUGUCCCUUUAAUUGAGCAAAAAAGGUCUGAUCAGCGUGCUCACUUUUGUAUCUGUUUAUGUGACAUUGACAAUGGGACGAGGGCUUCGAUGGGGACCAAUGCUGUCUCUGUGAAUUCAAGGGGAGAGUCCUGACUUGACUUUUCCUCUUGUAUCUUAUUUUACACAGAAGCCAAACAAUCGAUUCACUGCCUUUUAUUGAAUUUCCUUAAUGUGGUGCUUGUGCCUUAUUUGGGAAGUAGAGAGAGCACAGAUACAACAGGUCGGAUUUACGUCUUAUACAUUCCAGAGAGGCUGGGGAGUCGAAAAAAUGUAUUUCCUUCUCGAUAAAGUGUGAUGGAAUAGUUGGGGCUUUCCACCAGAGUUGGCUACAAAUGACAAAACUACAGUGACAGUGCAGGAACAUUUAUGUCACAUGUGCCUAGGUCAAACAUGUUAGAAGUCCCUCAAAAUACAAAUAAGUUACACCUGUGUCAACUCAUUUUCUGCAAGUGCCCAUAUUUUUCAAGGACCAAUAUGUAACUGUGACACCAAGCGUUUAAAACGGGUACUUCAGCCCAAAUUCAAAACAUUGGAGAGCCUAUAUAGGUCAGGUAAAAUUAGUUAUAUCUGAACCAGUUCACUUGCCCCACCCAUCACCUGUUGGUUUGCUGUUUGCCUGGCCCAACGAGGGAGGAGAAGCAAGACGUCUGUGUGGGGGGUGCUGCCUAUUUUUCUGGUCAAAACAAAUAGAAACCAUUCCACAGUGGAAUCAAAACUUAAAGGACAUAUUGGCUGCUGUUUUAUUGAUAGAGAAGCCAGCACUUCGACAUAGCAUGUUUCCUUUAUGCCUGAUUAUAUAGUAAGGUCAUUUUAUGAUAUUUAAUUCAUAAAAUACAUUCCAUAAUGGACCUUUAAUAAGUGUUCACAGUAGCAAAGUAUGUCAUCAGGUAUAAGGAUGCCUCUAAAGGUAACUAUUGAAAUGAUCAGUCGAGAACAAAUAGAACUAUGCAGGAGCAGCAUAGCAGGCUGUGAACUUUAACAAGCAAGUCACAAAAGUAGCCUUCAGUGUUCAGUGUUUUUGACAGGAGCUCUGUCAUCCACAGAGGUCUCCUCCUCUCUAAAACCAAAAAACCUCUAUUUACUAAAAACGUUAUUAAAGCAGUGUCAAUGCAAAAGCAUGCCAAGCUGCAGCUGCCUAACCUCAUUAGCUGAAUGAAAUCCUUCACUUUGGUAAAUUAUACAGAAAAAAAAUAACAGUGCCAUAAUUUGAAACGGUAAGGAAGCAGUUUUCUGAUUAUGCCUAAAUAUCUGGUUGGCAGUCAGCAUUUGUUUUACAGAAACAUAAAAGGCUGAAACAGUUUCCUGUGGCACUAAACUGAAAAACAAACUCUUCAACCUCCAAGCUUUGAUUUGUUUGUGUGUUACAGUGUAAAAACUCACAGCACAUGCUCACCUGUAUGAAAACUGAAACUAUAUGCGCCUUACUCUGAUGCAUUAUGCUAUUCAUAAUUUAUUUCUGGAGUUUAAGCUCAGAUGAUUAUGAAACAGAACUCCUUCUCCAGAUCGAUAAUGGUUCUUGCUGUUAUCAUGAGCCACACUGUAGAUAAUUCUGGUCAGAUAUGAAUUUAAAAAACAACAGCCCUAUACCUAAAACUGGACAGAAGCUUUAAAAAAGCUCUGGUAACUCUGAUUUAAAUAAGAAAUACUUUUCAGUAAACAUUGUCAAAUAUAUGAAUAAAUAACAAGCCAAACAAGUUACACACAAGACCAAACUUUUUAUCUAAUUUGGGAGUGAUGCUCUUGCAGAGCUGCAGCCUGAGGGUCAGUCAGGAAUAAGCAUGUAUCUUCUGUGAAGCAAAGUUGGACAUAUUAGUAAUUUAUGUUGAGCAGUUUGUAAAUCAAAUCUCAGCGUUUCAUCCCCAGCUGUAGAAUUGAUGCUUCUUUAUCAAUUAUAAAGGUUUUUGUUUGAAACAACAAAACUGUCAUCAAUUUAAAAAAAAAACCGAGUCACAUUAAUGUCAUUUUGUACCACAUACAGGACGUGCUAGUCCAAGUAAGAUGAACAUUCACUGCUUUCUGUGAGACGACAGAUGGAAACGCUCUACCUCCUGUGCCUUAAACUAUCAGGUUGACAUGUUUUCAAAUGUAUUAUAAAUGAUAUAUUGAUAUGUAAUUAAAGAUGUGAAAAUAUUAGAAGAAA